AUGGGAACCCUGAUAAUCUGCUUUUCAACUUGUUUGUGCUUAUACCUUGUUGUUAUUCUCCUCAAGUUUUUUAAUAAGGUAUGGUGGACUCCGAUUCGAAUUCAGUCCUUGAUGAAGUCCCAGGGAAUUAAAGGUCCUUCUUACAGAUUCCUGUUUGGCAGUACCACAGAGAUUCUCAAUAUCAUCAAUGCAAUGGAUGGCAGUUCCCAAGAGCUAUCACAUAACACAUUCGCUAGAAUUCUUCCUCAUGCAUAUUCCUGGAUCAAGAUUUAUGGGAUGAACUUUCUCUAUUGGUAUGGUCCUCAACCUCACUUAAUGGUCACUGAACCUGAGCUCGUUAAAGAGGUAUUGAGCAACAGAGAUGGAGCAUACAAGAAACUUCCGGUCGAAACUCAUGUAAAGAGGUUGCUAGGUGAUGGACUUGUCACGUCAGGUGACGGAAAGUGGUUUAAAAUGAGGAAACUGGGCAACCAUGCUUUCCAUGGAGAGAGCUUGAAAGGUAUGAUUCCAGAUAUGAUUGCAAGUGUUGAGAUUAUGCUCGAAAGAUGGAGAAACAAUGAAGGCAAGGAGAUUGACGCAUUCCAAGAAUUCAAGGUUUUGACAUCAGAAGUAAUAUCCAGGACAGCUUUUGGAAGCAGCUACUUGGAAGGCGAUGAUAUUGAAUCAGAGAAUCUAGAGAAAAGGGUAAGAGAGUCCAUUAUAAAGAUGAUGAAGAAAAGAGAGGAAGAGGCAAUGUCUGGACAGCUGCAUGGCUAUGGAAAUGAUUUCUUUGGAUUACUUUUAAAGGCCUAUCAUGAUCCAGACAAUACCAAGAAAAUAUCAGUAGAUGACCUGAUUGAUGAGUGCAAGACCAUUUACGUUGCUGGACAGGAAACAACAACAAGCUUGCUCUCUUGGACUGUUCUUCUUCUAGCCACUUCACCAGCUUGGCAAGACAAAGCACGGGAGGAGGUACUUGAAUUAAUUGGCCAACAGAAUCCAAGUCCAGAUAGCAUAACAAAAUUGAAAAAUAUGAGCAUGGUUAUCAAUGAAUCUCUACGGCUAUACUCUCCAUCUAAUUACCUGGCAAGGAAAGUUUACAAGGAAGUUAAACUUGGGAACUUAAUCCUGCCAGCUAAUAUGGAAAUCUACAUGUCAACUCUAGCCCAUCACUAUAAUCCUGAAAUAUGGGGAGAAGAUGCUCAUCUUUUCAAACCAGAAAGAUUUGCAGAGGGAGUAGCUAAAGCUACAAACAAUAGUACUGCUGCAUUUUUUCCAUUUGGUAUGGGACCUCGAACUUGUUUGGGCUUCAACUAUGCCAUUAUAGAAGGAAAGAUUGCACUCUCCAUGAUCCUGCAGCGUUACAGGCUCGUUCUUUCGCCAACUUAUGUCCAUCACCCAGUUCAUCUUCUCACAGUGUGUCCAAAGCAUGACAUUCAAGUCAUUCUUCAGCCAUUAUAA